UUUUUAGGUUUGUUAUUCACAUAAAUACCGUCCCUUUCUUCAUAAUUCAUUAAUGUAAAGAAAAUGUAUAAUCUAGUUUGCAUUUAAAGAUUAUAUUAAACCAUAUUCAUUUCUUUUGAUUCUGAGUUAUGUAAGCAAACUAUCUCUAUCACGUAAAUAAUAUCCUAUUAUAAAUACACUAUUUAUUUCAUCAAAAAAUGAACAAUCGAGAAGAAUUAAGAUGCUGUUGCAUAUUACAUUCUAUGCGCAUUUUGAUUAUUAAGUUACAGAUUAUAUUUUGAUUGGAUACUUUUCACUUUUUAACUAGCGAUACAUAUUAUUUAUAUACACACGUAUAUAUUUUUUUUUUCAACUCAAAAUACGACAGCAAAUUCUGCUGUCAUCUUUUAAAAUGAAAAACAUUUCAGUUAGUGAAGACGAUUCCAAUUUGCUCAUUAUAAUUAUUGAUACAAAUCCAUUCGCUUGGGAAGAAUCAUCAAAGGCAGAAAAUCCACUUUCGCUCGAUCAAGCUCUAAAUCAAAUUUUAAUUUUUAUUAAUGCUCACUUAGCGUUAAAGUAUGAUAAUAAAGUAGUUGCUAUAGCAAGUCAUGUUGGUCAAAGUAAAAUAUUAUACCCUUUACCUGAUGAUGAAGAACCGACAAUGAGCGUAAAUGGAAAUAAAAGAAAUGCAAACAUGUAUCCACAUUUUCAAGUUGUAACUGAACAAAUCGUUUCGAAUCUACAAAAGUUACUUUCGAGUACGAAUACCGAAUUUUUGAAUAAAGACAUUGGGGUUUCACCAACAAUUACAGGCGCCUUGUCAAUGGCACUAUGUUAUAUUAAUAGAGUUACAAAGUUAGAUGAUGAGGGUCAUAUUAAACCAAGAAUAUUAAUAUUAUCAGUAUCACCUGUUUCAGCAUUUCAAUAUAUCCCACUUAUGAAUUGUAUUUUUUCAGCGCAGAAGGCAAGUAUUCCUUUAGAUGUAUGUAAAAUAUAUGGAGACGAAACAGGGUUUUUACAGCAAGCAUCCAAUAUAACAGGAGGUGUUUAUGUUAGAGUAGAGAAUCCACAUGCUUUGUUAGAGUAUUUAAUGAUGGCAUUUCUGCCUGAUAGAUAUUCACGUAAUUAUCUUAAUCUACCAAGUCAAGAUCAAGUAGAUUUCAGAGCUGCAUGCUUUUGUCAUAAAAAAAUUGUCGAUAUUGGAUUUGUUUGUUCAGUUUGUCUGUCAAUCUUUUGUAAAUGGUCACCUGUAUGCUCUACUUGCAAAACAAAAUUCGCUUUUAGACCAAUGGCUCCUUCGUCUACUGCAAAGAUAAAAUAAAAUAAUCAUUUGGCUAAUUUUGAUUGGAUUAAAUAUAAAUAAAUAAAAUAAUAAUAAU